AGUUGGAAGGCAACAAAGUUUCAUUUAUUUCUUUUAUACACUAGGCCUGUUGUUAUGAAUUCAAUUUUACCAUCUGCUAUGUACAACAACUUUCUUUUACUACAUGUGGAAAUUUUUAUUUUAAUAAAGCCUUCAGAUAUUGCUUUCUCUAAUGAUGCAUUUGCAGAAAAUGAUGAUUUAAGAGCUUUUGUUAAACACAUUUUGGGGGAACUGAAAAAUAUGCUUUGUGCUCUUUCAAAACCUUUGCAGCAGCUUGCACGCAGAUAUGCUUAACAAACACGUUUUGACGAAGAAAAGGAAUCAAUAAGUGAAAUUAGCAAAAUAUAUCGUUUCAACUCUCAGAAUUUAAGAUAUCUGCUGACACUGGUGAUAAUUGUUGUUUAUUUAUAGACAAAUCAGUUCUAAUAAUCAAAUAUCUGUUAGAAAAUUCAUCGGAAAAAGAAAUUGUUUUUUUUUACAGAUUUAAUAAACAAAAAGAAUUUUAGUCAUCCUUUCAGUUCUCUAAAUUUAGGUGUCAUUAUAAUUUCAGAACUAUCAAUAAAUUUAGAAUCUACAUCAGUGGAAUCUGUUAACUGUAUAUAUAUGCUAGUGGCAUAUAGGGAUUAUUAUGUUUGUUAUCCAUUAUGUUUUUAAUCAGGUGUACUAACAGAGUUUCCCUCACCUAGAAAAUUUUAGACUGCCAUGGAAAAUACAAAAUAUAUUCAGAAAGUCAGGGAGGAAUUUUCCCAGAAUGUCAGGAAGGUUGAGUUCGUAUAAGACAAGCUUUUUAAUGUUGAUAAUUAACUACAUAUAA